AUGACAGUCAAAGAGUAUGAGGCUAAGUUUACUCAACUAUUAAGGUUUGCUCCACAUUUGAUCGCUGAAGAAUCAGAUAAGGCCAAGAAGUUUCAAAGGGGACUCAGGGGAAAUAUCAGAGGGAAACUAGUGGCCCUCAGAAUCAGGAACUACGCAGAACUGGUUGAGACUGCGUUUGAAAUUGAGAAAGACCUGCUAGAGUAUCAGGAGAUCCGCAAUAAGAAGCAGAGUUUAGUUAAACGCCCACGAACAGAAGGAGGUCUCACAACCGAUAAGUCAGCAUCGAAUCAGCCCGGGAGGUCAGCGACAGCAAAAUUUCCCUUUCGUCAUGAUCGAGCAAAUCAGCCAAAUAAGUCAGCAGCGUGCCCUAGAUGUGGCAAUCAUCACUCUGGAUAUUGCAGACUUCACCGUGCAUGUUUCGAGUGUGGUCAACCUGGGCACUUCAAGAGAGAUUGUCCAACCUUGAGGAAUCAAGCAAUAACAGAGCGAGCACCAAGAGGAGAUCACGCGGCUCGAGCUAAUGCCUCACAGCAAUCAAAUGCUCCCCAGCGGAAGGCUCAGUCCAACCAGAGUGUGCAGCAGAACCAAAGGAACCAAGGAAGAGUUUUUGCCCUGACAAGGAAGGAUGCACAAGCAUCACCAUCCGUGGUGGAAGGUACAGUUCCCAUAUGUUCAUUCACCGCUCAUGCACUUUUCAACCCUGGAUCUACACACUCUUUGUAUCACCUCACUUUGCUAGGAAUUUUCCCAAUUCACCGACACUAUUAA